UGGAAGCAGCGGUCGCAGACCUGGGGGCCUUCUAGGCUCCCGAGAGGGGCUGGUCGAGCGGCGGUGGGCAAAUGCGGCCACCAACGCCGCCCUCGGGCCCCACCACGGUCCCAGGACGCGAAGGCGACGCCCGAGGCCUGAGGAAGCGAAGCCUCCCGCUGACGCCAGAGCCAAGCGAGGUGGGAGGCUGCAGCCUUGAGGCCAGGGGGCGCGAGGAGGAGAGCAGGCAGAAGAGGAGAGAGGAGACAGAAGGUGACAAGUUGGCCAAAGAGAAAGGAAAAGUUACUGAAGCCCCAAGUGAUGAUCCACAGCCAGGGACUGACCUGGUAAGAAAGGCGCCAUUAACCAGUUCGAAGUCUUUACAAACAGUGGAGUGCAGUGAAUUUCAGACUAUGGCUUUCUUACAGUCUUUGGCUAAGGAAGAUUUGGUAGACGAUAUUAAAAGAAGGAUUCGAAUUAAGAAAUGUAAAAGUUUAGAAAAUCCACCUCUCAAAAUAACUAAGGACGAGGCAUUACAAAAUAGUAAGGUUGAAUUCCAAGAUGAACUGUACAAGAAUACUCCGAAAUAUUCUUGUAACAGCUUGUCACCUGGAGUAGAAAAAAGUUGCAGUUUCGAAUCACCUGAUCACAGUUUCCUCCAUUCUGAGGGUUUUGAUAAUGAAAACAACUUUGAGCAUGAACCUCAAGGUGUAUGGGUGCACACAGCAGAGAACUCUUUGAAGUUAAAGAAAGAAAACCUUAGGCAUCCUGCAGAGAAGAAUGAUAAGCUGUCAAAAACGGAAGGAAAUGUAAUAGCCAGUAAGUUACUGCUUGAAGAAAGUCGUUUAUACCAAAAUAAAAACAAUGGCUUGAUUUCUUGCCUUCAAAGUGAAAAAAACAAAUAUUCGGUAGAGGAGAACAGCGCUGGGAGAAAACACAGAAAAAAGAUGAAACUGUCUGAAAAAGAAGAAAAAGUUAUUGAUCUUAAUUUCUCUAAUGUGUAUAACAAUUCAGAGUUGGUGUUACAAGAAAACCAAAUGGGUGUGGAAGGGAAAGAAACAGAGGCCUUAGAGCCUAAAAAGAGUUUCCUAAAAGCUGUGAGAAAAAUAAGCCAUAAUACGCUCUCUCCAGUGGACCAUUUAUGUCUCCCAGAAGCAGUAGAGAAAACAAGUCCCAGACAUCAAGUAAAUGCUGUGUUUCAGAAAGCCUUUGAAUCACGUUUGAAAGAGGAUAUAAAAAAUACUUCAGAGUUCUUAGGAUGCAAAAGUAUGGAUCCAGAAGAAUAUUUUAAAUCAGUGAUAAGCUCUUCGGCAAGAUCAGCUAGUGAUAGUCACCGUACGGGGAAAAGAUCUCCAUGGGGAGAUUUGAGAAAUGAAACUGAAGAGCCAAAGGUAAGCUGUCGCAGAAUUAUACCAAUGACUGGUAAAAGAACUUGGCCUUUUUAUUCUUGUGCUAGAAUAACAGCCCAGUGUUGGAAAAAGACUUCCCUGUCAGGUUUAAAUUUCUCACUUCCAGGAUCUCUGGAAAAUGGUAGGCAACAUGAGUCUAUCAUACACCAAACAAAUCAGAGUCCCUUAAUCAACUCCAAGCUGUUACAGCAAUCCUUAACAGAAAGAACCAUUGAGUCCUCAAAUAAAGAAAUGUAUGAUUCUGAUUUAAACUGUUUGUCUUCAGUUUCUUCAGUAGAACCUACUUUGAUGGUUAUAAAGGAAGCUGUACCCAAUGAUAAAAAGAUAGAGGAACCCAGAAAUGGGACAGAGGUAGUUUCUAAUGCUACUGAAGACACCCAGUUAACUAAUGUAACUCAAAGCUCAACAGGAAAUAAGAAAAAGAGAGGGAAUUUAUCAAAACUUAAUUUGACAAUGGCAUCCCAAGAGACUCAGGAAGCAAAUAACAUUGCAAACAAAACUAUUCAUCGAAAAGCUUGCAUUACUAAGCAAACACUUGUGGCUCCAGAUUUCGUUAAAAUAUUAAACACGGGACGGCUGACUAAUUUUAAAAUCCCUUUACUAAAGAACAAGACAGGAAAAAGAAAAGAAGUGAAUGCCAGGUCAUGUGAGAGAGAUGCUUACAGUCCCCUAGAGCUACUAGACAAUUUGUCUGGAGUAGAAGCAAAGCAAAUCAGAAAUAAGGAAAAUGUCUGCGCAACAACUUCAGGACCUCAGUCUUUGAAUAUACCUAAGAGUGUAACUCCAGGGCAAGCCAUUUCUCACUCAUUCUACAAUAAGAAUUCCUGCACUUCUCCAAGCUUUGCAAAGAAAUGUUAUGAUAAUAAAGCGUAUAAUCAUGUCUCUGAACCUGGCAAUAUUAUUUCUAAUAAGGAGACUAUGUCUCUUAAAAUUGAAAAUAAUGCUUUUUCUUGUGAUCUUGGGUUUAUUGAGCAAAGUUCAUUCUGUUCUAAGGAACAAGAAGCAUUUGUGCCGAUUCCUUCUGAAGUAAGUGGUAGAAAAAUGACUAAAAGCAUUUCAGAACUCAAAUUGGGGUUUCCAGAUAUUCUUAAAGCAUAUGAAGAUGAUGUCCUCUUAAUUGAUGUAAUUCAAGAUGACCCGGAGCUCUUCGGAAUCUCCAGUGAAGGGGAACUCUCAUUUGCUUCAGAAGUCUCCAAGAUAAGCCAGGAGCCCAGUGUACCUGAAGAGCACCCACCAGCAGACUUUAAGCACAUGCAGCUUCCAGGGAAAAAAGAAGCAGGUGAUUUGAGUAAAGAAAUUGCCUUGCUGGACCCUGGAUUGCAGAAACUGGAGAUUUGUCCCUCCUUAUCAUCAGCAAAGGAGCCGCAGCAUGACCCUAAAGAUGCAGCCAUCUCCCUGGAAGCCACCGAGGAAACUGUUGUAAGUGAAAACCUGGGAGACCUCAGUGAACAAGCAAGAGCUUCUGACUCGGAUGCAAAGGAAGUGAGGUCAGACUCUGCUCUGCUCCUGGAGAGACCCAACAGCUCUUUUUUCUGUUCAUACAGCAAAGAUUCCAAAGGUGCAGAAGUUGUGGUUAAUGAAGGUCAGUUAGCAAUCCUGGGCCCCAAACCUCUCUGCUCAUCAGUGCUUCCUUUGAAUCUAAGCAGUCAUCAGGAAGAUGCAGUGCCUGCACCCUGGAUGAAUGGUAAUACCUGUUCUCUCAUUAAGAUCUUGUCAGUGUUCCAGAAGCCCUUAGGGUUGGUGACACCCCAUAGAUACUGCAGAUUCCACUUCAAUACAUUGCGUGGCUGUGAGCGAGCACAGUGCAAGUUUGUCCAUGUGCCUGAGCAGGGAGACGAAAAGGUCUGCAUGGAUGUGUUUAAGAAAUACAUAAAUCUCAAUGAGAAGUGUUUGCUACAGCGAGCAGCGCACAUAUUUCUGGAGUACUACAGAAAGUUUCCCCCAGGGAUCCACUUCAGUUUACAAGUGCUGAAUGACCUUCUGAUUUCUUUGCUCGAGCAUCACUUACUGAAAGAGGUCUUUGAGGUAGUGAAGCUGAGCAUCAUGGCUAAAAUGCUGCCUGCUCUGAAAAUAUUACUAAAAAUAUUUGAGUUUGUGGCAGCCAUGAAGUUAAGGAAUGCUGUGCCUACUGUAAUUGAGAUUUUGUGCAAGUUCAUUGAAGGUGGGAUGGUACCUGACUCGAAACACUUGAACUAUAUUGUCAAGCUGUUGUACCAAACACAGGCAUCCCCACAAGAAAUAGCUGCAGUUCUGGAAGCCAAAUCCAGGUUACAAGUGAGGCAGCUGACAAAGAACUGGAAGUGUGACUUAGUCUCAGCCUUGAGUGAAGUGGAGACUUGUAAAGAAAAAGGUGACUGGACCAAAUUGGGAAACCUGUACAUUAGCAUAAAAAUGGGCUGUGAAGAAUUUGCAGAUUUCCAGCGAUUCUGUACUUGUAUUGCUGAAGCGCUCACAAGAGAGUAUGAAGAAGAAAGGCCAGGUGUUCCUUUUUGUGAAUUUGCUGAAACAGUUAGCAAAGAUCCACAGUUCAGUGAGGUGGAUAAGACUUUGCUGGGAAGGAUCGGGAUAAGUGCUGUGUACUUCUAUCACAGACUGCUGCUGUGGUCCAAGGGAAGGAAGGUCUUAGAUACACUGUAUGAGCUAAAAAUACAUUUUACAAGUUUAAAAGGACUCACAGGACCUGAGAAAGUAGCACCACGAUGUCAAAUUGUGAAUGUUGCAGUGGAAAUUUUUAUCAAAAGUGGGAGCCUAGAUGGUGCCAUUUGGGUACUAAGGGAGUCGGAAUGGAUAAUCAGCACACCAGUGUGGCCUUGUGACAGAAUGGAUGUGCUUAAUCGCCACAAUUUGCUCUGCACCAUUGCACAUGAGAUCCUGGGCAAGAACCUUUACAGACAGACCUUUGAGGUUUUGCGAAAUCUACCAGGCUUUCAGAAUUCUCAAGAUACCGUGGAGGUUUCCCAGUAUAGCCUUCUUUUUAAUAAACUCCUAGAUGCCUGUAUAGAAAGUAACAGUCUUGGCAUAUCAUCUUGUGUAGCAGAGUUCAUGGUUUCCAAAAGCAUCCCUAUUGACUUUUCCUUUCUCAGGAGACUAAUCACUUCCUUGGGAAGGAGUUGUUUGUGGCUCAAAGCCAGAGCCCACUACAAAAGUGCUCUUUUACUGGGCUGCUACCCACCAUUAGAAGGGAACUUAAACCGGAAAAUUCUACUGAUUCCUUCUUAUUUAUCUGAGAUUGAAAUGCUUUUAGCUAUUGAAAUAUUUCUGGUGUCUAAUGCUAGCAGUAUUCAGAGCCCAGGAACUUCUAUACAGGUGCUGCAGAUCGUUUUGAAAAGAACUGAAGAAAGCAAACCUCAAAACAAGGAUGACUACCAAGCUGCAGUAGAGAGACUGAUCAUGGCUGCUCGCAUAUCGGACCCCAAGCUUUUCAUCAAGCACAUGACGGUCAACAUUUACAAGGAGCAGGUGUACAGUCUGGAGCAGCGCUCUGCCCUCAAGUGGUUGAAAGAGAAUUUGAAGUGGGCUGGAAACAUUUGGCUUUUCACUAACCAUUAGUUAAUAAACGUGUUGUUG